AUGAAUAUUCUGUUGUUGUGCCUCUCGAUUGGCGCAAUCUCGGUUGUUCAUGGUGAGGAUCCUUACCUUUUCUUCACAUGGAAUGUUAGCUAUGGAACCAUCUCUCCCCUAGGAGUCCCCCAGCAAGGCAUUCUCAUCAACAACGAGUUUCCAGGACCUAAUAUUAACUCCACCACCAACAACAACAUCGUCAUCAACGUCUUCAACAACCUUGAUGAACCAUUGAUGUUCACAUGGAACGGAAUCCAGCAGAGGAAGAACUCAUGGCAAGAUGGAACACCAGGGACAAUGUGCCCUAUUCCUCCUGGCAAGAACUACACGUACCACUUCCAAGUCAAGGACCAGAUUGGAAGCUAUUUCUACUAUCCCAUCACUGCCAUGCACAGAGCCGGUGGUGCCUUCGGUGGCCUCCGUGUAAACAGUCGUCUCUUGAUCCCAAUCAUCUUUGAGAACCACGGGAAGAGCAUUCAGUCAUGGCAUCUGGAUGGAUACGCUUUCUUUCCCGUUGCCAUUGAGUUUGGGAGGUGGGCACCAGAGAAGAGAAGGAACUACAACCUUCUUGAUGCCAUAAGUCGACACACCGUCCAAGUCUAUCCCGGCUCAUGGGCCGCCAUAAUGUUGACAUUCGACAACGCUGGAAUGUGGAACUUGAGGUCAGCACAAGCGGAGAGGGCGUACCUAGGACAGCAGCUCUACCUGAGUGUUGAAAAUGUCGCACGUUCUCUCAGGGACGAGUACAUGUUGCUAGACACGACCCCUCUCUGUGGCGUCGUCAAGGGUCUCCCAAAACCCCCUCCAUACGGCCCUUAA